AUGAAACCUGAUAAUGAAACUGUAUCUGGAGACGCUGAAAAUCCAAUCCAAAUAGCUGGAGACGUAAUAGGAGAUACAGCGUACAGCGAACGAUUUGUUUUGAAGAUUUUGUUAAAACUUGCUAAUUUAAAUACUCUUAAGGAUGAAAUUAAUGAAAAAUCAUUUGAAGAUGAUCUUUGCAUUUUAUGGGACAUGACUGCAGAAAAAGACGUUGUGUUGUUUCUCCAAAAACAUGAUGUUUUGAAAUUGUUUCAUUUCGCCUUACCGGUUAUUGAAAUACCCAGAAUCAUUGAAAUAAUUGUCGGUAUUAUUGCUAACAUGUGCUGUCUGCGCGUUGUAGUGAGGGUACUAAUGAAGAUGGAAAGACUAUUACAUAUGGUAAUUAGUUAUAUAUCUAAUAAUGAUGAUAGUUUAUUAUUAGUGCAACUGUUAAGGCUGGUCAGUGCUUGUCUAUUCCUUGCAAAUGAUGAAGAACUCAGUAUUUGGAUGGAUAUCUUCACAAGCAUAGAAUACUCAAGUGCUCUUUAUUUUAUAUUAAAAAACUCCUCACACAAAGAUCUUUUGGUAACAGCUUUAGAGAAUUUUAAUACAGUGUGUUCAUAUUGUAAUACUGAGAAGUUUCAAAUGCAGUUUUUCACUUACUUUGUGACUCCACACGCAUUGGACUCAUUGACAAUAGCAUUAUGUGAAAUAACAAAGAACCAUGGUGAUGAGUGUGUAAAAGAGGAAUUAGAAAGAGUUUUUGUAAUAAGCCUACAGAUAGUUUUAAAUUUAUUAGGCUUUGAUAAAUCCGCAGAAAUAUAUAACGGCAGUACUGAAGAAGCUCUCAGCAUGAUAAAUAUAAUAUUACUUUAUUAUGAGAACAAAUUAAACUUAAAAGAGAUGGACACCGACUUGUUUGACAUAGUAAAGUCCACAACGACAAUUGUUAAUAUAUUGCCUGUAAAUGAUACAUGUGAGCCAUCAAAAUAUUUAGAACCAACUUACAGUAUGUGGAAAACAAUUAAUUCAAUAGCAAAAUCAAAUGAAAAUGGUUCUUCAUUUGAGGAUAAUGAUAUAGAAGAACUAGAGGAAUUUUCGGAAAAUAUCAAACCUCUUUUAAGUGGGUUAAUUUGUAACUACAUAGCUAAAUGUUCUAAUGAAAACUUGUUUAAAGUUUUAGAUACUAUAGGGGGGGAUUAUGAUGAUAUUGUAAGGUUAGUGAAGGAUAAAAACCUGCGAGAGUUAGUUAAUAACAGAUCAAACAGUUAUAGAAGUAGAUUGGAAGAUACUAUUGACACGUAA